AUGCCUCACCAAACCGUCUUCCGGUUUCCAACCAGAACCGCCUUCGAGGACCUGACUUCGUACCAAGAAGAGAUCCCAAAGCCUCGUGGACAUGAAGUCUUAAUCCGAGUUCGAGCUGUGUGUCUCAACUCUCGAGAUACUCAAAUCGCCACCUCGAAUUACCUCCUACCCAUCAAGGAGAAUGUCGUUCCAGGAUCUGACGCAGCGGGCGAUAUCGUGGAAGUGGGUGAUCUGGUCGAUGACUUCACCAAGGGAGAUCGAGUUCUAGCAUGCUUUGAUUACACCAGACUUUAUGGACCAACUCAGCACAAACUAUCUGGUCAGAGCGGCGGUGGUGCAGAUGGUGUGAUGGCACAGUACAUUGUCCGUCCGGCUUCUGCUGUCACCAAGAUUCCACCUGGAUCUCCACACACAUACAGUGAGCUAGCCACGCUUGUAUGCACUGGAGUUACAGCUUGGAAUGCUCUCUAUGGAAACAAUCCUUUGGUCCCGGGUCAAGUAGUCUUGGUACAAGGUACUGGUGGUACUUCCAUGACUGCCCUUGUUCUAGCCAAAGCAGCUGGCGCCACAACUAUCGUCACAUCAUCCAGCGAUGAAAAGUUGAAUUUCGUCAAGGAAAAGUUCAACCCCGAUUACUGUAUCAACUACACCAAGACACCCAACUGGGGCGCAGAAGCAAUGAGACUCACAGGAGGUAAGGGUGUGAAUCAUAUCAUUGAGAUCGGUGGUUCGGGUACCAUCGUGCAAAGCCUAGCUGCACUUGCACGGGGAGGUGUGAUCACUGUGGUUGGGUAUCUUGCCAAGUGCGGUGACAAGAUCGAUUCCGAUAUCUUGCUGCUUGCUAUUGAGCGGGAAGCCGUUAUUCGUGGCCUUAUGAUUGGACCCAAGUGCAUGCAGGAUGAUCUGGUGGCUUUUGUGAUUGGAAGACAAUUGCGGUUCCACGUUGACAAGGAGUUUGGGUUCAGUCGGGAGGAAAUUGUCGCUGCUUAUCAUGCUCUGAAUUCGGGGAAGCACAUUGGGAAAAUCUGCAUUGUGCAUGAGUGA